ACAGCGUGUGGCUGAACGGGCAGCAGUGGUGGUUCCCAUCGGGUGUGACACCUCCCCUGUCCCAUCAUCCCGGGAGAAACAGCACCCUCCGAAUUCCUGCGGCUGAACCCCUGUGCUCCUCCACAUCCCUGCUCAGCCUGGGCACCCCUGUGACAGCCACACCCAGUGACACCCCAGUGGUCACAAUGCCCCCGAGUGUCCCCAUGGCCCUGAUGCCAGCACUGCCCACUCCCACCCCUGACAGCCCCGCACGCCGGGGUCCCUGUUGGGAAGAUGGCUUCACAGGUGACUAAAACCCCUGGCAAAGACCACAAGAAGCCAAAGGAGAUGGAGAAGCCCGUCCCAACAAGCCAGCCGUCUCCAGCACAUCCCCAGCCAUUGGACACUCGUUUCAUUCCUGUUGUCGCCCAUUCUGGGGGCCAUCAACCCAAUGCCUUCAAGUUUGUCUUCUACAAACCGGGUUGGUCCAACUCGUACAACCCCUUCUACACCUCGCAGAAGCCAACCUGCGGGUACCGCUACAACCGGGACACCGAUCACACCAAGAAGAAGAUUGAUGUCCCAAGUGCGAAUGUUGCAAAAUGGAGACCCCUCCAACCCCCAAAACCAUAGUCGAGAGCAAUAAAGCCCAAGCAAUGAAAGCAGUGACUGGUGCGACCUCAGCUUCCCAUUGAGUUAUGACCAUCAGUGAACGCAU